AUGCCGCAAGGACUGAAGAACCUCCCUGCGACAUUCAAUAGAUGCGCCACGCAUCUAUUGCGCUCGGUGCGCGACUUCGCACCGAGCUACUUCGACGAUGUGUACGUUCACAGCCGGGCUGUGAACGAGAAGACGGACGUCGAGAUGCACAAGGAGCAUCUCCGGGAACUGCUUGGGCUCAUGCGCAAGCACAAGCUCUAUGCAAACCUGAAGAAGUGCAUCUUCGUCAAGCUGGGCUUGACUGAAGCGCCGAUCUUGGCGGUGGCUGACCAAGAUCGUCCCUUUCACGUAGUGUGUGACGCAUCCGAUUUUGCGAUCGGAUGUGCGUUAAUGCAACUCGAUCACGAGGGCCGUGAUCGAGUCGUCUACUACCAGUCGCGUCAGCUGAAGCCAGCUGAGCGAAACUACCCAGUGCAUGACAAGGAACUCCUUGCCAUGAAGUAUGCACUCUCGAAGUUCCGAGUGUACUUACUCGGCAACACACUGUUCGUGGUCUAUACGGACCACGCAUCGUUCCGGACGGCUGUGAAGUCUCCGCACAUCUCGCAACGAAUGGCGAGAUGGUUGUUCUUCUUCGCGGAGUACAACUUCCGGGUCGAGUACAAACCCGGAAGGUUGAACGUCGUCGCGGACGCAUUGUCGCGAUGA